AUGUCCAUGCUUCCGACGUUUGGUUUUACGCAAGAACAAGUGGCUUGUGUCUGCGAAGUCCUCCAGCAAGGGGGGAACAUCGAGCGUCUUGGGCGCUUUCUGUGGUCCCUCCCGGCGUGCGAGCACCUCCACAAAAAUGAGAGUGUUCUCAAAGCGAAAGCCGUAGUUGCUUUUCAUCGGGGGAACUUCCGAGAGCUCUACAAGAUCCUGGAGAGCCACCAGUUUUCGCCGCACAACCACCCGAAGCUGCAGCAGCUGUGGCUCAAAGCGCACUACAUCGAGGCAGAGAAGCUGAGAGGCCGUCCGCUCGGCGCCGUAGGGAAGUACCGCGUCCGGAGAAAGUUCCCCCUGCCCCGCUCUAUCUGGGACGGAGAGGAGACGAGCUAUUGCUUCAAAGAGAAGAGCAGGAGUAUCCUCCGAGAGUGGUACACCCACAACCCUUAUCCAUCCCCACGGGAGAAAAGAGAGCUGGCCGAGGCCACGGGACUCACGACCACGCAAGUCAGCAACUGGUUCAAAAACCGACGGCAAAGAGAUCGAGCGGCUGAGGCAAAGGAAAGAGAAAACAACGAGAACUCUAACAGCAACAGUCACAACCCAUUGACUUCUUCUAUUAAUGGAAAUAAAACUAUUUUGGGGAGCUCGGACGACGAUAAAACACCUUCUGGGACUCCGGAUCACACGUCUCCGAGUCCGGCUCAGCUCCUCGGCGCAAACCCCGGUUUACCGUCCCUGCAUGGCCUUGCGCCCCCGCCGGGACCCAGCGCAAUCCCGGUACCCAGCGGCCCAGACUCGAUGCACCAUCACCACUCAUUGCAUCAUGACACCAUACUGAACCCUAUGUCUUCUAAUCUAGUGGACCUCGGCUCUUAAAAGCCGUCACUGAAGGGAGACGGAGAGCGCCAUUUUUUGAGGAAAAUAAUUUACGAGGUGGUGUGAGUUAAGCUUCAAGCACUUGCGGCACGGUGCAAGGCAGACAGACUGGAACACUGCGAAAACAGCCACCGUAACAAAUCAUUUAGUCUCAUAUUCAACCUUUAAAAUCUUUUUCAACAAGUGGAGAAGGGAAAACCUGCCAGUGAGCGCAACACCUCUUAUCCCCAAACUGAACGAGCCCUUGUUUCGGGGAUUUUCUAGAAUCAAGAGUUCAGAGCAGAGCACUUAAGAACUUUCCAAAUAUACUUAAACAGGACCCUACCGAACUUUUUUCCCCCGUUAAUUCGCUUGAGGAAAAUAUAAUUUGGAAAAAGUAAGUAAAAGUAGUAGUUUUUUGAGAUGGCUUGUUUUGCUGCAGGGCUGGGGAUAAAAAAAUUGAUAAAAAGAAAGAACAGAAGAAAAGAAGGAAGGAAGGAAGAAAA